UCUUGUGAAUCGCACCGUGGGAUUGACUUUUAAAUUUCGUUGUACCAUGUGCAAUGAGAAUAAAGAGAUUCAUUCAUUCAUGUAUCAUUGUGGCGCUGCUUGUUGCUGCGCAUGCGUCACCGCCCUCCGUCAAUCGCCGCUGGUGGAAGACCGUCAGCGCGGUCGUGACGUAAUUUCCGGGUUGAGGCUCUGCGCUGCGCGCUCGCUUCCGUCUCGUCUCGUCUCGCCCGGGAAGGUGAACGGUCCAUCAGCGCUCUCUCUCUCUCUCUCGGUCCUCCGGGCCGGUCCUCCUGGCGGGGUGAGUGAUCCGAUUUAUCGAGCCGUUGCUGUGGACGGGGAUGUGAGCGGCCAUUGAGGGAGGCCAGGGUGCCGGCUCGGGUGCGGGCUGAGCUCCGAGGGGUUGAGCUUUGUUGGAGGACCACAUGACGGGGCACAAGAAGGAGAAGCGUUAUGAAUGCGACGUGUGUGGCAAGGCCUGGCAGACCCCGGGCCGGCUGGAGACCCACCGGCGGGUUCACACGGGAGAACGCCCCUUCGACUGCUCGGAGUGCGGCAAGAGCUUCAAUUGCUAUGACAACCUGCAGCAGCACAACCGCGUGCACUCCGACAAAAGGCCCUUCACCUGUUCCGACUGCGGCAAAGGCUUCAAGUCGUCCACACACCUGAAGUUGCACAGGCGCAGGCAUACUGGGGAGCGGCCCUACACCUGCAGCGACUGCGGCCAGGGCUUCAGCUACUCCAGCAACCUGCUGGAACACCAGCGCACCCACACGGGCGAGCGCCCCUACACCUGCGCCCAGUGCGGCAAGGGCUUCCCCCACUCAACCAGCCUGCUGGAGCACCAGCACACCCACAAUGGUGAGCGCCCCUACACCUGCGCCGAGUGCGGCAAGGGCUUCACCCGCUCCACUGGCCUGCAAAGGCACCAGCGCAGCACCCACUCCGACGAGCGCCCCUACACCUGCGCCCAGUGCUGCAAGGGCUUCACCCGCUCCGACAACCUGCUGGAGCAUCAGCGCACCCACACCGGUGAGCGCCCCUACACCUGCACCCAGUGCGGCAAGGGCUACACCCACUCCAGCAACCUGCUGUACCACCAGCGCACCCACACUGGUGAACGCCCCUUCACCUGCACCCAGUGUGGUAAGGGCUUCACCCGCUCCUCCGGCCUGCUGUUGCACCAGCGCACCCACACUGGUGAGCGUCCCUACACUUGCGCUCAGUGCGGCAAGGGCUUCACCCUCUCCUCCAAGCUGCUGUCCCACCAGCUGGUGCACGCCGGCGACUGUCCCGUCCCCAACCCGGCGUGUGGAGAGCGCUUUGCAAUGGCCUCCCACGCCCUCUCCCACCAGCAAGUGAAAACCGCUGACCAGCCCUACGACUGCCCGUACUGCAGUGAGAGGUUUGACAGCUCGCGGGGGUUGCGGCAGCAUCGGCGGGCCCACGCCGGCGAGCGGCUGCUCCCACUGCGGCAAACGUUUCAAGAGAGCACAGGGGCUGCGGGAACACUAGCAGAUACACACUAGAGAGAGACCCUUUGUGUGCGUUGAAUGUGGAAAGGGUUUCACCCGCAUGUCCAGCCUGUGGCAGCAUCGGCGUACCCACAGCGGUGAGCGCCCCUUCCCCUGCCCGUUUGGUGGUAAGGGCCUUCACCUGCCCGCUCUGACCUUCUUCAGUCUUGACCCGAAACAUCACCCAUUCCUUCUCUCCAGAGAUGCUGCCUGUCCCGCUGAGUUACUCCAGCAUUUUGUGUCCUUUUUUGUAAACCUGCAUCAGCAGUUCCAUGUUUUUAAACGAUUCUGGUUAACCAUCUCUGCACCUUCCUCAAAGCCUUCACAUCAGUCCUGUAAUGGAGUGAUCAGAACAUUAUGCAAUACUCCAAAUGCUACCUGACUAAUGUCCCUUAAAUCUGCACAUAUACAUUCC